AUGUCCAUCCGGAGGCUUAGGAGCAACCCUAAAACACGGGCCGAUGUGAAUUUAGUGACAGAGGAGCUGAAGAAUCUUUAUUAUAAGAGGCUGCUGCCGAUAGAGAAAUACUAUUCUUUCCACCACUUUCACUCUCCGAGCUAUGAGGACGCAGAGUUUGACAACAAACCAAUGGUCUUGGUGAUGGGGCAGUACUCAACGGGAAAGACAACUUUUGUGAGGUAUCUCAUAGAACAAGAUUUUCCUGGAAGCAGAGUUGGGCCCGAGCCAACCACUGACUGCUUCACCGCCCUCAUGCACGGAGAGGUGGAAGCAGUCAUCCCUGGUAAUGCCCUCACGGUGGACCCGAAAAAGCCCUUUCGCCACCUCGAACCUUUUGGAAAUGCUUUUCUGAACAGGUUUCAGUGCGUUCAGAUGCCAAAUCAAGUCCUCGAGAGCAUCAGCCUUAUCGACACACCGGGCAUCUUAACCGCUUCUAAAAGAAAACUGAGUCGAGGCUACGACUUCCCAGCAGUGCUGCGCUGGUUCGCAGAGCGUGUGGAUCGGAUCAUCCUGCUCUUCGACGCACAUAAACUCGAGUUCCCUGAUGAGCUCACCAGGGCCUUCGGGGCCCUGUGUGGAUAUGAGGACAAGCUGCGAGUGGUUCUCAACAAAGCUGACCGGGUGGACUCGCAGCAGCUCAUGAGAGUGUACGGCGCCCUCAUGUGGUCGCUGGGGAAAGUGUUCCGCACCCCCGAGAUCUUGCGGGUGUACAUCGGAUCUUUCUGGUCAGAGCCCAGGCAGAUGUGUGACCACUACCAGCUGUUAGAGUUUGAGGAGGAGGAUCUUUUGUCCGACAUAAGGAACCUGCCACGCAACGCUGCAGUACGCAAGCUGAAUGACUUGGUAAAGAGGGCCCGCUUAGUAAGGGCACAUGCUCAUAUUAUCAGCUAUCUAAAACAGGAAAUGCCAACAAUUUUCUGCAAAGAAAGCAAGAAGCACAAUCUGAUUUACCAACUUCCGGUGAUUUUCACCAAGAUCCAGCAACGGCAUCGAGUCCCAGCCGGCGACUUCCCUGACUGCACCAAGAUGCAGGGGAAACUUUUGGGUCAAGAUUUCUCAAAGUUCAAGGCACUGAAGCCAAGUCUGAUGGCCUCCUUGGAUAAACUGCUGACCACUGACAUAGCAAACCUGGUGCCUCUACUUCAACAACAAGAACUGAGGAAGAAAUCCCUCCCUGGUGUGUUGGACGGGGAAUUUUUGGGAACAUUCAGGCCUGAGCAUUACAAGAGAGAUCCUUUCAAGGAACUCAAAAGAGACGAGGAGAGCAGUGAGACAGAUUUUGACGAGUGGGCGGUGGAGAAACACAAGCCAAAGUACGAUGAGAUCUUCUUCAACCUCAGUCCAAACGGGGGCAAACUGAGCGGCAGCAAAGUCAAAGCGUGGAUGACGACCACCCUUCUGCCCAACCCUGUGCUCGCUCACAUCUGGAGGCUGUCUGACGUUGAUGGGGAUGGCAUGCUGGACAAUGAGGAGUUCGCUUUGGCGGUCCACCUUAUUGAAGGAAAACUAGAGGGCCACUGGCUCCCCCGAGAGCUGCCGUCUCACCUGGUGCCACCGUCAAAGCGGCUCAGUUCAGCCAGCAAUGAAGAGUAA